AUUUCCGCGAGAAAUUUUCCACUGCUGGGGAAGUAUUUUUGGAAACGGUGCAAGACUUGUGGAAAUAUGUAAAAAUUGUGUUAUAAAUACAAAGAUGUGCUGGGCAGAUUUCAAUCGGCAAUCUUGAUUGCAGUAAAUUUGGGAAUUGCGCAUGUCUGCCCUUAGCUUCAGCCUGAACGUUUUGUUGCUCUCAGCUUAGCUCUCUCUCUCUCUCUCUCACGCACACACUGGUAAUGACAAUGCAGGGGAGUUGGAGUUCUUUGUUUAUAAUUUGGAUUGACAAGAGUUACAAUUUAAUAUAAUAUAAUUUAAAUAAUAUGCCUAAGAAAAGCGUACAUAUUUCAUAUUAUUUUACUCUGGCUGAACAAAUACGAGUAAGAUAAUGCGCAUUUUCGGACAUGAUUGAUUGACUUGCAUGCCUGUGUGUGUGAGAGCACGAGCAAAACAAAAGCCAAAACAGAAACAAAUCACACCUACAGCCAUGGACGCCCGCUCAAUGCCGUCAGCGUCAGCCAACUAAUCAAUCAAUCAGUCAAUCGACACACACAUACACACACGGCCAAUGCUCGUUUCAUCUCCAUCAACGAUUCAUUUCGGGAUUGGCGCUUGAACAGGGAGCACAACAACGCCGGCUGGCAGUGGAGGAGCGGACAGCAAAAACAACAACAAAUUUCACGAUGACAUCUACUCUGCCCGAUCGCUUUAGUGCAGGCAAGCGUCAGUUCUGGCGCGAGUUCCUGGCUCUCUACCAGGGCAUGCCGCAGCUGUGGGAUGCCCACCAUGUCAACUAUCGGAACAAGGAUCUCCGUAAUCGGGCCUACGAGCUGCUGGAGACGAAGCUCCGGGAGAUUCAGCCAAAUGCCACGCGCACCGAGGUGGGCAGACGAAUCAACAUCUUUCGGACCAAUUACAGGCGCGAGCAGAUGCGAAUCCUUAAGCAAAAGGAACUCGGGCUGCAUUCGGAUUUGUGCAAGCCGACGUUGUGGUUCUACGACUAUAUGGGCUUCCUGCUGACCCAGGAGACGUUCCAGCACAGGACGAGGAAGGGCCGGACUGCCACAGCCAGUGGCAAGCAGAGAAAUAGCUUUCGCUGUGCCAAGGAAGCAUCUGCAGAUCCCCCGGACAGUGUGUGCGAUUGGCAGAUGAAGGAUAGCACUGUUACCAACUAUCUGCCGGAGCCAGCUACCCCGCAAUCGGAGGAGGCCUCCCUGCUCAGCCCAAAGGUGGAGAUAAUCGAAGCGGAUGAGGGCAACCCAACGCAUGAAAUGGAGCUCAAGGAUGAUCUCAAAGAGGAAGCGAAUAUGUCAGAAAUUCCAGGAAGUUCAGAGCCCACCUGCUCUACGCAUCACGCAGAUGCCGGCAACGGAUACGGAAGUGGUAGCACUCGAAAUCACAGCCUCAGCGAAUCCUCCGAAGUGCUGGCCAAGUCCUGGGCCAUUCAGUACGAGGAGAUGGAACCCACGCAGCGUAUCCUGGCACGAAAGGCCAUUGCGGAUAUACUCUUUGAGGGCUGCAUGGGAAAUCUACGAAUAAAUCGCGGCGAUCCAAAAAACACGGUGGGAAAUUAUCUGUAAACUUAUAAUAUUAUUUAAUAUAAGAAUAUUUUCCUAACAUGUAACAUUGCCAAAAGAAAACCAGUUGAUUUUCCAUUUA